AUGUCCCUCGCAUCCAAAGUCGCGUCCGGCAGCCGCGUAACACUCGAAAAAGCUCUCCAGAGCGUCCUUGGCAGCAAACCGCCCGCCAGCCUCUCAGACAAGAGCGGCAACCUCUACCAAGUGCUCUCGCGCCAACCACGCGACGGCGUCGGCGCGACCGUCUUCCAGACGCGCUGGACGGGGAAGAAUAUUGUUGGGAGCCACUGGGAGGUGUCGCGUGUGCGGAUAAAGGGGCAUGGAGAGCACGGGAAGGCUUGGGGGUUCUUGACCUGGAAAGGCAAGCGCGUGAGCGAACGCGAGGAGAGGAUACCCGGCGGCCUGAAGUAUACUUGGGCGAGAGGCGUAUCUGGCCCGAAGCCGAAAGCUACGAAGCACACUGUGACGCCAAUUGCACCAUUGCCCGAGAAUGCAGCGCAGACAGCAGAAGCUGUAGCAUGA